AUGGACGACCAAGUCAAGUCUCGCCGAAAGGACAACCCGACGGUUGUCGGCCACGCAAAUUCUCGCGCGAACUUCAAGCAAGUGCAAAUCGCUGGUGGAUGGGCACCCGGCAUGGAUACCAAAGUGGACUACUCGGAUGAAUUCGAAUUCGGUGGUUCACUCGGAACCUUGGCACUUAUGAUUGGCUUCCCGCUGCUGAUGUGGUACAUGUGGAUCGGUGCUGCCUACUAUGAUGGGAAGCUACCUCUGCCGCAAAAUGGGGAGUCCUGGACGGACUUUGGAAAACAUCUGUGUUACCUUGUUUACACCGGUGCAUUUCCGCACCUUAAGGCAUGGCGCAUCUACUGGACAUACUACAUCUUCGAGGCAGCAUGCUAUCUCUUCAUGCCUGGGUACACUUGCCAUGGGAAGCCUCUUCGCCAUCUGAGAGGUACGCAGCUGGAGUAUUAUUGUUCAGCCUACACUAGCUUGUACUUCACAAUCCUCAUCAUGGCCAUUUUGCACUGCAUUGGACUGUUCCCAAUUUACACUAUCCUGGAUGAGUUCGGCCCUCUGAUGUCUGUGGCCAUUCUUUCGGGGUUUCUUGCCAGUUUUUUCGCUUACUUCUCUGCAUUUGCUCGCGGUGCCGAACAUCGCAUCACUGGUUACCCAAUCUAUGAUUUCUUUAUGGGAGCCGAACUCAACCCACGUUUGUUUGGGAUCCUGGACUUUAAAAUGUUCUAUGAAGUACGUAUUCCAUGGUUCAUGCUCUUAGGUUUGAGCUGCGCAGCUGCCACUCGCCAAUAUGAAAGCUACGGAUACGUCUCUGGUGAGGUUUUGUUCCUUCUGAUGGCGCAUUUCCUCUACGCCAACGCCUGUGCAAAGGCAGAACACCUCAUCACCACAACGUGGGACAUGUACCAGGAGAAACUAGGAUUCUUGUUGAUCUUUUGGAACAUGGCCGGUGUCCCUAUGUCUUACUGUCACUGCAUUCUGUACCUGGCGAGUCGCCACCCCUCGACGUAUGCGUGGAACAAAAAUGUAUUGGCACUAUUUUUCGUGUCAUAUCUUUGCGUCUACUGGGUCUGGGACACUGCAAACAGCCAGAAGAACGCCUUCCGCAUGACGGAGCAGGGAAAAAAGGUCGAGCGCAACACGUUCCCUCAGCUGCCUUGGCGACAUGUUCACAACCCAAAAACACUUGUGACGGAGAACGGCGAUACUAUCUUUGUUGAUGGGUGGUAUGGACUGGCUCGCAAAAUCCAUUACAGCUGCGAUAUGUUUUUCGCUUUGUCGUGGGCACUGAUCACUGGGUUUGAUAGUCCCCUUCCCUGGUUCUACCCUGUCUUCUUUGCGGUCAUGAUUGGCCAUCGUGCGAUGAGGGAUAUCAACAAAUGUAAAACCAAGUAUGGGAAGACAUGGGAUGAGUACGAGAAGCAGGUGCCAAGCCUUUUCAUUCCGUAUGUGAUCUAA